AUGGAUCCCAAAGUGCAGUGUUUCAACUGCUGGGCAACUGGACAUAGGAAACAGCAGUGUAAGAAGGGCAAAGUCUAUCGAGUCUAUAGAGAACCUGUUCAUACUCCAGGAUCAACGGAGUGUCGGCACUAUGUGGAUACGUCAGAUGUCAGUGAAAUGGUGGUAUUUCAAGGAAAGUAUAAUCCUCUCUCUAAUUUAUAUCCGUGUGAGAUAAGUGUGUUCGGUGAAAAGCAUAAAUCUGCGGAACACGCAGACCAACUGACCAAAGCAAUUCGUGCAGGCGAUCUAGAGGCGGCCAAGAAGGUGAGAGAAGCAGAUACGGCUUUAGAAGCUAAAGGGCUAGGACAUACGAUAUCAGAUCCACUAGGAUGGAACAACGACAAGGAGACGUUGAUGGAGGAAAUCUCGGGCACAGGAUUUGAUAGUGAGGCAAUAUUACAUACCGAUCACAAGAAAUGGCCCGGGCAGAACAAACUCGGAAAAAUAUACCAAAAGCUUGCCUCAAAACACGCAAGAAAACUCCGAAGUUCUUCCCUUCCACGCAAAGGGACAAGUGAAAAUCAGUCCAAUAUUGAGGACUUCCUUAAAGAUGUCAAGAAAGGUCGCACAAAGAAUACAAGUGUUAAUAGCAAGAGUGAUGCCGGAUGA